AUGAACGCUUGCUACCGAGCUGCCACCCCAAAUGAGUUCCUCCCCAAGAACGAGCCCCCGAUUUACAUCACUCUCUACUUUAUUGUCACUCGCCUCCCUGACUCCCUUCGCACAGUUAGGGACCACUUUCUCGCGCUUCACCCCACUGAGCUCACCAUUGACCUGCUCGAGAAGCAUCUGCUUGCAGCUAAGAAUAGUGCAGUCGCUGUAGGUGCUAUUCGAGGCGCCCCUCGCACGCCCUUCUUUGAGGGGUGCUCCCCCUCCCCUCUUGCCCCCUCUGUUGCUACUGCUGCUGCUGUCGACUUCCUUGGUGCUGAGGAGGUCGGUGCCGCUUCUGCUCCUAGUGCGAAGCGCCGCAGCGGCAAGGGCAAGGGAGGCAAGGGUGGUGGGGGUGGCGGCGGAGGGGGUGGUGGUGGCGGCGAUGGGGGCAGUGGUGGCGGGAGUGGUGGUGGGAGUGGGGGCGAUGGCGGCGGUGGUGGCAGCGGCGGGAGUGGCAGUGGUGGUGGUCGGUGCGGUAGUGGGAGUGGUGGCGGCGGUACUGGCAGCGGAGGGAGCGGUGGCGGCGGCAGCGACAGUGGUGGUGGUCGGGCUGGAGCAGUUCAGCACCAGCAGCAGCAGCAGCAGCGUCCGCGGGAGAAGCUCACGCCCCAGCAGCUUCUUGAGUGGUUUGCUCAGCGUGGGGCGUCUGGGGGUAGUGCUCGCUGCCCGUACGUCAUUCGCACAGGUGACCGCGCUGGUCAGACGUGCGGGAAGUUUCACACCCAGCACCGCUGCUUCUCCCGCCUAGACGACGCUUGGCGCACUGAGUUUGGCGAGGAGGCUGAGAUACCUCGCUGGGCAGAGCUGCUUAGGUCUGGGCUUGAUAUCUUUGCUCUUCACUAUGAUGCUAUCCUUAAUGCCAUGUAUGCGUUGUCUGUUAGUGCUGAGGGUGACUGUUACUUGUGUGUGCCGCCCGACCCAGGUAUAGAGGCUGCUGCUCUAGCCCACGUCCAGGGACAGGGCCGCGAGCGGUACUUUCUGCUGGUUGUUGACGACUACUCGCGUUACACCACGGUCUUCCCCUUGCGCAGCAAGGAUGAGGUCCCUGCUGUUUUGAUCCCUUGGAUCCGCGCUGUACGUCUCCAGCUCCGCGAGCGGUUCCGCACGGACCUUCCUGUCCUGCGUCUGCACUCUGAUAGAGGUGGUGAGUUCUCCUCCGACCUCUUGCGGGACUUUUGUCAAGGGGAGGGCAUCCUCCAGUCGUUCACGCUUCCGGCCUCUUCGCAGCAGAAUGGGGUUGCUGAGCGCCGCAUUGGCUUAGUCAUGGAGGUUGCUCGUACCUCCAUGAUCCAUGCGGCUGCUCCCCAUUUUUUGUGGCCGUUUGUGGUCCGGUACGCUGCGCAUCAGCUCAACCUCUGGCCCCGUGUCUCCUUGCCGGAGACCUCGCCCACACUACGUUGGACGGGGGAGGUUGGCGAUGCGUCGCGAUUCCGGGUCUGGGGCUCUCGUGCCUUUGUCCGCGAUACCACCGCGGACAAGCUCUCCUCUCGCGCCAUUCCCUGCGUCUUCCUUGGCUUUCCCCCUGACGCGCCUGGCUGGCAGUUUUACCACCCCACCUCACGCCGUGUCUUCCCCGCUCAGGAUGUCAAGUUUGACAAGUCGGUUCCCUUUUACCGUCUCUUCCCCUACCGCACUGCCCCUCUCCCCCCCCCGCCGCUCUUCCUCGCUCCAGGUCCCCCUCCGGUAGACCCCCUCCCCCCUCAGGGUCCUGCUCCUUCAGGUGUGUCUCAGGUAGACCCACUUCCCUUGGCUGAGCCUGUCGAGGUCACUGGUGACUCAGGUGCUGCUGGGGGUGGUCCUGCUCAGGGUACUGCAUCUGGGGGUGUGGAGCCUGAGGGUGCUGAGCUUGGGAGGGUGCUGCGCCUGGGGGUGCUGCGCCUGGGGGUACUGAGGCGUCUGCUGGAGGUCCUCAGAGUGCCUCGCCGCAGCGGUCUGGCUAGCAAGAGCCUCUCUCACCUCAGCAGCUGCGUGAGUGGUUUGCUUGGCGCACACGUCUUCGGGGUCGCGCCGUUGGAGCUGGAGGUAGCGGAGCUGGAGGUACUGGAGCUGGAGGCGCUGGAGCUGGAGGCGCUGGCGCUGGAGGCGCUGGCCCUGGAGACACUGGAGGCGCUGGAAGCGCUGGCACUGCAGACACCCGAGCUGGUGGUGUUGGAGCUAGUGACGAUGGAGCUGGAGACGCUGCAGCUGGAGGUACUGGAGUUGGAGGCGCUGGACAUGGAGCUGCUGGAGCUGGAGGCGCUGGCGCUGGAGGCGCUGGAGCUGGAGGCGCUAGAGCUGGAGGCGCUGGAGCUAGAGGCACUGGAGCUGGAGGCGCUGGCGCUGGAGGCGCUGGAGCUGGAGGCCCUGGACCUGGAGAUGCUUGAGCUGGAGGCACUGGAGCUGGAGAAAUCGGCCUCCCUUACAGAGCGUCGUGAGCCUGCGUCUGCUAGCCGUGCUCGUCGUGUCCCGCGUCCGCGUCCUCCUCCUGUGCCAGGCACUCACACUAUGGCACUUCGUCCUUCCUCUGUCCCACAGCGCAUCCCUCUACCGUCUCCUCCUGCGUCCUCUCUUCCUGACGUUCCGGACCCUGAGUCUGACUUGGUUCGUGCUGCUAGUCCCACUGUCACGCUUGCUGAGCUUGUGGACUUUGCUGCUGCGUGUCGUCUAGACUACGCCACUAGUCUUGUUGCCGAGUCUGAGUCUGUCUGUCCUCCGUCCGUCAGGGGUGAGUGUGCUCUUGGCACGGACGUCCUUGAGGACAGGCAGGAGGACUUUGAGUGUCUUGCGGCUGCUGUACCUCAUCUCAUGGCCUGGCUGCUUGCACCUGAGGGAGACCCCUAUGCACUAGACAUCCCGACCCCGCGCUCUUACACAGAGGCGAUUGAGGGUCCCUACUCCUCUCAGUGGCAGACAGCCAUGGAUGCAGAGAUGGCAUCAUGGAAGUCCACAGGCACCUACGUCGAUGAGGUUCCCCCUCCUGGGGCGAACAUAGUCAAUGGCAUGUGGAUUUUCAGGGUGAAGCGGCCGCCGGGUUCUCCACCUGUCUUCAAGGCUCGUUACGUUGCUCGAGGCUUCAGUCAGCGACAGGGAGUUGACUUCUUCCAGACCUUCUCCCCCAACCCGAAGAUGACCACUCUUCGGGUGCUGCUGCACGUUGCCGCUCAGCGUGACUACGAGCUUCACUCUCUUGACUUCAGCACAACUUUCUUACAGGGCAGCCUGCACGAGGAGAUUUGGCUGCGCCGCCCACCUGGCUUCACUGGGUCGUUUCCUGCUGGUACCCAAUGA